AUGAUUCAAAGUUAUAGAAAAUCUCACUUGAUUCAAAUGUGCGAAUCUGAUUUGUAUAAAUUUAGAACAGAUGAUAAUAAAACCCAAUGCACAAAUUGCGAGGCUAGAAAAACUGUGGAAUAUCGAAAUUUGAUUGUUAAUCACAAAUUCAAAUUUAUUUUUUGUAUCGUGCCGAAGAUAGCUUCGACUCAAUGGAAACUUGUAUUAGGAGCAUUACAAAGCGACAUGAAAGACUUGGGAAAAGAAAACGAAGGGUUUUUAAAACCGAACAAACUAUGGCAUGCAUCUAAGGAAUACAAGUUUGAAAGACUUUCUGAGUUUACAUCCAUAGACCAAGCUAAAAUAAUGAGGGAUUACAAAAAAGUUAUCUUCGUUAGGCACCCGUUAGAAAGAAUAAUAUCGGCCUUUUGGAGUAAAUUUAUAGAAAGGAAAUCUAAUUAUUUUAUUGAUUACCCUAAGAUAUACGGUGUUUCGAUUAUAAAGAAAUUCAAGCUAAAAAGUAAUAAAGCUUCUACAAACCGGAAAUACCUUCAUUUUUAUGAAUUCAUAAAAUGGUUGAAUCUUGAGAACUCCACAGAACUCAUACGAAAUAGGGAUUUAGAUUCUCACUGGUCUCCCAUCUAUGAGAUAUGCCAUGUUUGUAACAAGGAUUUUACUUUUGAUUUUAUUGGUCAUUUUGAGCAUCAAAGAGAUGAUUACCAAAAUUUCUUAGACUAUAUAACUAAUGAUUUUAAAAAUAUUCCUAAUUUGAAAAAAGAAUUGUUCCCUUGGAAAGAUUGGCCAAUAAGACAUUCCGUAUCCAAAAAUAUAUCGAGUAUGUUAUUGAGUCAAGUGAAUACAUUAGACCUGACCGAGUUUUAUAAAUCUUUUCACCUUGAUUAUUUAUUAUUUAAUUACAGCUACAUAUACCCUUGA